GUGGGAAUUUAUUAAAAAUUGCUGAGGUUUUGCAAACUGAUUCAGGGAUCAGUUGCCUCAUUGGUGGAGUGUGUGUGUGUGUGUGUGUGUGUGUAUGUCCUUCUCAGUUCAGUCUACAGAGCGGGUGUUCCUUCCUGUGGAUCAUUAGCCAAAGGCCGCCAGAAGUUCCCAAGGUGAGCAGAGGGCUGUUCUCUUCCAUCCAUAGGAACCCGAUUGUGAAGACCUUGGAAGCAGUCAUGAAGCUCCUUCUCCAGUACCUGGGCUGCCUGGUGGCCUUCUUCUCUGCCGGGUUCCUGAUCGCGGCCACUUGGACGGACUGCUGGAUGGUCAACACCGACGACUCCUUGGAGCUGAGCGCAACGUGCCGCGGCCUGUGGUGGGAAUGCGUCACCAACGCCUUUGAUGGGAUCACAACCUGCGACGAAUAUGACUCCAUCUUGGCUGAACAUCCAGUGAAACUGGUCCUCACCAGAGCCAUGCUGAUCAUGGCCGAUAUCUUGGCUGGUUUCGGGUUCACCUUCCUCCUCCUGGGCCUUGACUGCGUGAAAUUCCUCAUGGACGAACCGGGCAUCAAGGCCCGCAUCUGCUUCAUUUCUGGACUGGCUCUCUUAACUGGAGGGGUCCCUGGGCUCAUUGGCUCUGUCUGGUACGCUAUUGGGGUCUAUGUGGAGCGCUCGACCCUGGUUUUGCACAAUGUCUUUGUGGGCAUCCAGUACAAGUUCGGCUGGUCCUGCUGGCUGGGUCUCAGCGGGUCCCUUGGGUGCUUCUUGUCGGGGGCGUUCUUGACCUGCUGCAUGUACCUCUUCAGAGAUGUGGGCUCCAGCAGGUACCUCUCUUCCAGCGCCUUCCGGAAGGCUUAUUCCGCUCCCGCGAUGUCCGGCCUCUACCAUCCCUCCUCCCAGACGGCGACGGCCAAAAUGUACGCCAUGGACACUCGGGUGUGAGGCACCCUUGGCUUCCUAUGCUGCCAAUAAUAGGACUCAGAUGUGGCAACUCAUCACAAGAAAACAUCCUGACUAUUGCUUCCGUUGCCAGGUUUCUUUCUUCCAUUAGAAAUCAUGGCUCCAGCAAACGCAGUAUCUGAUGCAGGAGAGAAGUGGGUUUAAUUUUGGAGGCAAUCCCUAAAAAUGUAGUAAAUCCCAAGGAACCAGCGGGUGGUAUGUUUCUCUAGAGGAGAGAGGCAGCCUCAAGUUGUGUUCAUUGUUUUAUGAUUUGCACAUUCCUUUUCUGAUGGAAUAACUGAGAUGUACAGUGCACAGAUUGCUCACGAAGAUGUAAUCCUGAGGAUGCAGGGAAUUCCAGCACACACACCACAGCAUCCCUUUGCACAAAGGAACAAAAAUUUGGAAAUGACAGCAGGCGAGAAACAAUAUUUGCCUUUAUCGAGAACAGAUGCUGUUUUUGAGCUGCAUCUCUGCAUGGCGUGUAUAUUUGUAAAUAAACAGAUGUUCAGAAUGA